AGCAGGCAGUUUGCGCGAACGAAGAUCCGAAGUGCAGAGACGUUGAGUGGAAGAGGGUUCUUCGAGCACUUGCAAUUACAGCCAUGGGAAAUCAUUUUCCUGUGGCCGAUCGGAACGACAGUAAGAUGCCUCUGGGUGAAGAUGGAAAUGCCUGGAAAAAGAAAACCUCUGAUAUUAAGGAGAUCUACGACUUCAAAGAAGUCCUGGGGACAGGGGCGUUCUCAGAGGUGGUGCUGGCAGAGGAGAAGAGGACCCAGAGACUGGUGGCUAUCAAGUGUAUUCCCAAGAAAGCACUGGAGGGCAAGGAGAACAGCAUCGAGAAUGAGAUCGCCGUCCUUCAUAAAAUAAAGCAUGCUAACAUCGUCUCCCUGGAGGAUAUCUUCGAGAGCAAGUCCCACCUCUACCUUGUCAUGCAGCUCGUGUCUGGCGGGGAGCUCUUCGACAGGAUCGUGGAGAAGGGCUUCUACACGGAGAAGGACGCCAGCAAGCUGAUCCAGCAGAUCUUGGAUGCUGUGAAGUACCUCCAUGACAUGGGCAUCGUGCACCGGGACCUGAAGCCAGAGAACCUGCUUUACUACAGCAUGGAAGAGGACUCCAAGAUCAUGAUCAGUGACUUUGGACUGUCCAAGAUUGAGGGCUCUGGGAGUGUGAUGUCCACUGCGUGUGGGACCCCUGGAUAUGUGGCUCCUGAGGUGCUGGCUCAGAAACCAUACAGCAAGGCGGUUGACUGCUGGUCCAUAGGAGUCAUCGCAUACAUCCUUUUAUGUGGAUACCCUCCAUUUUAUGAUGAAAACGAUGCCAAGCUCUUCGAGCAGAUCUUGAAAGCGGAGUACGAGUUUGACUCUCCGUACUGGGACGACAUCUCAGACUCAGCCAAAGACUUCAUUGUUCAUUUGAUGGAGAAGGAUCCCAGGAAGAGGUACACAUGCGAGCAGGCCCUGCAGCACCCCUGGAUUGCUGGAGACACUGCCCUGGACAAGAACAUCCACGAGUCCGUCAGCGCUCAGAUCAGGAAGAACUUUGCCAAAAGCAAAUGGAAGCAAGCCUUCAACGCCACGGCAGUGGUCCGGCACAUGAGGAGGCUACAGCUGGGCACCAGUCAGGAAGGCCCCAGCCAGCUCACCCCUACCAGCCCCUGCCAUGGAGACCUGCUCCUGCCCGAGGGAGAUGAAGAGGAGGAUGAGUCCCACUGUGAUGGUGACUGUCCUAAGAGCGACUCCGGCAGCACGGAACAGGACAGCCUCCAGAACUGCGCGUACCGCUGCCAGCCAGCCAGCCGGGUCUGAGCAGAACCCCGUCACCAUGACAACCUGUUUCACUGCAGCCCAGAACCCCAGUCUGGCCAGGAAUACAGAGUUAUUCCAGUUGCCCCCACCAGGGAGCGCUGCUGUGUAAAAAAUCCAGGGUGGGGAGGGACACUAUGCCAAUGGAGGGAGUCACUAGGUGAGCGUUGACACAGAGAGAGGAGAGGAGAGGAACAUUCCCAGGUGUAUCAUUGGUAAUUUUGUGGGAGUCAGCUCAGACAGUUUUUUUUUUUUCUUUUUCAUUUUUAAAUGUACGUCUGUCCUUUUUCAUCUAAUUAUCUAUGGCUUUUUAUAAACCUUUUCUUUUCUCUCCCAACAAAAGUGAAAUCCCUGGAGGCGUGUGUCUGAGCUGGUGAAACCUAGCCCUGUGCUGUUCUGUGACUCACGGAGUCUUUUCCCCGGAGGGUUUACUGCAGAAUGGCAUUAGCAGAGGAGUCCUCUCCUGUGAUAAGCAGUUUAACCCACUCUCUUAAAUAACUCUAAACAUACGUGAUUGGUACAGGUGAUCCACUCUUGGUCACUAAGAAAGCCCUGCUGCACACUAUAAAACAGCUCUGUUGUUCUGUCAUUUUAAUAUGGUACACAAGAUGAUUUUAACAGGCAGUCUGCAAGAUUAACCGAAUGUCUUUUUAAGUGUGUUGUUUCUUCACCUCAGGCUUGUGGUAAAGACAUUUUCAGGUCCAAUUGGAUUUUAAUGAUGUAACGCUGUCUUAGCGAAGCCCUUAUAAAAGACGGUACGAGACAUUAUCUCUUCAGUGCCUUGAGGACUGCGGUAUCAAAUGUUUGUCUUCUGGUAUCUAUUUCUUUUCAUUCAAGUCAAAAUAAACAUUUCUGUCUGCCUGCACUGUAGGACAUAUACGCAUAGAUAUUAUUUUGUAAAUUGUUUUAUUUCUAUCAGUUAAUUUUUAUUUUAAUUUAAUGUGGCAAAUGCAACAUACAAAUGCAAAGCAUCAUUUUUUUAUUACAACUUAUCUCCAGGAUAUCAGUACAUAAUUCUCUUAGCCAUAGUCAUCCCUAAGUUGUUAGGUAUCCCUUAGUUUUAUCUCUGUUAGCCAGCGUUGCGUAG